AUCGAAGAGACAAGAAAAGCACAUCUGGCUACGCUUCGCCGCCGAGGACGCGGACACCACGGGCCAGAUGGAGUGCCCUGUACAGCAAGGCGGUGCAGAUUGUGGCAAGCGGGUGCUGCAAAGGGCGAGCUCAAGGGUGUCGUCGUGCGCCUCGGCGGCUUGAUUGUCUCCUUGAUUAUAUCCUUCCUCGGCGGCAUAGGACACAUCAUGGCGGGGUCGAGCCUGGACGUGCUCUGGGAGGAGGUGUUCGACGGCAACUCAGUGAAGCACAUGUUGACGGGGGCCGCGCUCAAUUCCUCACCCAAGAGGCCCCCGGCGGGCUGCUGCUGGACUCCAUCGACUUGGACGGCACCAAUAGGGACGCCCUGCGGCAGCUGCACGAGGACUUCCUCAACAACAAGAAUACACUGAUUUAGGGAAAGUGAUUGCUGAGAAAGAGCAUGUUCGCGCCUGGUGGCUUGAGACUAGAAACUCCAUUUGCACCGCUGCCCGGGGCCCCAGUUAUGAAGAGUAUCAUGGAAAAGAGUCAGAGCGAGGACGAGUGGCUGAUUAGUCCAAUUCAGGUGGUGGCCCAAGGCACCUAUGAAGAAAUGAAGAAAGACUAUCGGGCUUUGUCGUCGCCAAUACAGCCAACUGCUGCUGCUACUGCGGAAUCGAGGUCUGGAAGGACAAUUGUUCCGAACCAAAAGUUCCAGGAUAAAGCAGACGUUUUGCAGAAAUCAAGCCAGAGCAGCACCAGUGACCAGGUCGUCGGUGACGUGCUUCAUUUAUCAAAUCAGGUGCAAAUGUUUCGCAGACAACUCUUCGAUAAGAUGCAGACACUUUGCAGACAAUUCGCUGCUCAUGGGCAAACCACUCAUAGACCACCCGCAGACAAACCGCAGACCAUUUAGUCUGCGGAUUGUCUGAAAACGAACCGCGGAUGGUUUGAGGAGUGUCUGUCGCGCCUCCUCCUUCUUCUGAGCGUCUGCUCCUACGACAGGCUGGAUGGCCUGGUGAGGCUUUUCGCCACCGACCUAAGGACAGUUCGUGUGGCGCUGAGGGACUGCAUCAUCGACGUCCGUUCGUUCCAGUCGGCUAAGGUCCUGCAGGUGCUGGACGUCGUUUCGCAGACAACUCUUCGAUAAGAUGCAGACACUUUGCAGACAAUUCGCUGCUCAUGGGCAAACCAUUCAUAGACC